GCACUGACUCACCCACCACCCAGACCGGCCUCGUCAGCGCUGCGUAAAAAGGACCAGCUUGGCUCCACCCCUCCACAGUUCAGUUUCUGUCUCCACACGCGGCGGAUCUGCCCCACCUCCCGGCAACUACCUGGCGCUGGCUACAUCCGGAGGGCGAAGAGAUAGAACGAGGAACAACAAGACAAAGAGAACAAGGAAAAGAAGAGCGAGAGAAGGAAAUAAUUAUAAACACGACGCAAAUUAGCUGAAAGAAAACGGGGAAGAGGCAGAAGAAUAUUGGCAGAGGUAGCUGAUAAUUUUCCUCCUUCAAGAUGUGCACUAUACACGGGGUUGUGAUCUCCGGGAUACUGCUUGCCGUGUUGGAUAUUAUACAUGGCCUCAUCACCUCGGCUUUCUAUUGCUACCAGUUAGUGAUGGACACCUUCUACCUGUGUCCCCUCGAUAUGGAUGUCACGCUCUGCCAUAACAAGAUCUACGUCUACGAACAAUUGUUCGAGACGCGCGUGUACAUUGGCAUAGGUGAGGGCAUAGCGGGCGUCCUCUUCAACAUCAUUUACAUCAUGGCGCUGGUGAAGCACAAGCCCUCCAUCACUUGGGUGUGGCUGCUAAAGGGCUUUGCUGUGAUCGGCAUCAACGUGUACUACCUCGCCUCGUGGCUCAUCCGCCGGGGCCGCUACGACCACAUCAACAGCGACCAGCCCGAGGACGAGAUCAUCUUCAUCUACGUGGCCAAGGGAUUGCUGCUGGUGCAGAUCAGUAUUCUGGUCAUGUUCUGCAUGAUCGGCGCUGUCUUUACUUACAAGGUAUGCGAGGAGAGGACCGCCAGCAGACGCAACCUUCGCCACCGCCGCAAGUGGGACUCCAGUGAAGCCACCGCCCCGCCCCUCGGCCAGUACGACGAUGAGGAGACCCAAUACCUCAACGACGCCCUUACCAACAGCGAGAAAACCCUCCCUGCACGUUCCUCCAAGCAGAGCCUCACUGAAAUCUCCCGUGCUGACACAUUCAAGCACUCCACGGGCGUCUAGACACUGAAGAAGGAAAGGAGUGAAAACAAGACUGGCGUUCUCUUGAGGCUACGCGGUGAUUUUGUUGAGGGAAAGUUUUCUGCAUUUUCUCUUAUAUGAUGUUAUGAGAUAAUUACUUUACUGGUUUCGACUUACGGAGUUUGUCAUUGUUCGUCACCAGGUAUCUCAGAAUGGCAGGUUAGUUCUCUCUAGUCUUAAAAGGAAAAGCUAGUUGUGAGGAAUGGUGUUCGGGAGAGGCUAGGCUUUACCACCCGCUUGGUAAUGUUCUGUAGCCACGUUUUCUUUCAUGUAAUGAGAGGAAUGGCAUGUUAUUUUCUUAGAAGGAUUCUUACUUUUAUAUUCUCAUCGUAUAGGGUGUUUCAGCGAGUCACUGCCACUGUGGAAUGUAUAAUAGGACAGUAAUAGACCAUUCUGAGAGAUCUUGGAGCAGGGACAGCUUGGUGCAGGACGAGAGGGAAGCCUGGGUCGAAACCAAGACAAGGAUUAUGUUUUAAAAGUCUUUAAUCCUUUGUUGUAUUGCUCUGGUAUAAUUCCAGCGAUACCAGAGUGCAAUACUAAUUCCUGACCAACUGAAGUUUCGAAAAACGUUUUAAAAAGAUAAAUAAAAUUUACUUUUAUUAUAUAACUACAAAGAAAGGCGGUGAGCGAGACAUAAUUAGUGAUUUUACAGUAUAGGGGCGAGUGUAACUCCUCCCUUGGUCACCAGGGGUCAGCGUGGCCUCACCUGCAGGUGUCGAAGGGUGGGUGAGCGUGUCCUGGUGAGAAAACGUUUAUAUCUAAAUUAAUUAAGUGCUUUCAAGACCCCUGACUGUGUGCUGUGGCGCUCAGAGAUGUGACAGUGACGCAGGACGGUGGAAAGUGCGGCCAGAGUGUUGUAAAUAGUGAUAAAUGAGAGGUAAAGGAGAAGAGGGAGGAGAGGCGGCGGCGAGCGAGCUAGAAGACAAAAGGUAAACAAACUAUUUUCUCGUAGUAGAAUUAUUUGACUCGACCAAUUUACGACUUACGAAUGAUCACGACUUAUUGAGUUAACGGUGACAUUACGUUAUCACCUUCUCCCUUGAACUUUAGUAAUUAUUAGGUCAAAAUGCAUGUGAGUUAAGUAAUUUGAUGAUUGCGUAAUACAUAGUUAUUAUUUCGCUCAUUGUAAUUGUCUCGAACCAAAGGAUCAGAAUGAGAUCUGAUCCUCCUGCUGUGUUAGGAUUCCGGUGUUUGUAAUGUUAAACAGGAUUGACUGACACCAUACAUGUUCAAAUACUAUUACGGCAGGACCUUUUGUGUUUUGUAUUUUGUAUUUUUUUUUUAUCGAUGUUUAUUAUAUCUAAUUACAUUUUCGUUUCUAUAACGUUAAACAGGAUUGACUGACGCUAAACAGGUUCCAAUCCUCUAAAUACAUUUCUUCCUCGUCAUAUUGAUGGUGUUUUGUCAUAAUGUCUACUUUUUAUUUUUUAUUUUAUUUAUUUAUUUUUUUUAUUUUUGUAAUGUUAAACAGGAUUGACUGAUGCCAUGCAGAGUCCAGUCCUGUGCAUUUCUGCUCAUAUAUUUCAAUCAUCGUCAUGUCUCAUCAUCAUCACCCUUAUCACUCAUCACUCAUCACUCAUACGACUCACUGCCUUCACCCAUCACUUUGUGUACAUAUUAUUUGUGCUGGUUUGAUUAAUAAAUAUUUAAUGCAC